AUGAGAUCAGUGAUUAAAGCUAGAAAAGGAAACGAUAGUAGCAAAAAGCUUUCUUCGAAAUCAAAGCAAGGGAACAGAGAGUUUGUGGUUGAGAUCGGGAUGAUAUUUGCGUUGCAACAUCCGAAUCUUGUGCAGCUUUAUGGUUGUUGCAUUGAAGGGAAAGAGCAUUUGCUUGUGUACGAUUACUUAAGAACAGCAGUCUCGCUCGCCACUCUUUGGUUCAGAGAAACAAAACUUUCACUUGGAUUGGCCAACAAGGAACAAGAUAUGCGUAGGGAUUGCGAAAGGAUUAGCUUAUCUACAUGA